UAAGUUUACACUUGUUUAGUCAGAGAAUAUUGGUGUGGGUCAAAAUACAGUCUGUGAAAAAUUUGAAGAAACCUUGCUGAAAAUCUUUACGUUUUCUGUGCUUGAAAGCUGAUCUUUCUAGUGGAGAAAGGAGUUUUAUUAAAGAACUAUCAGUUCACAAGAACUAUCUGGACAGUCAGUACUGCUCAGAGUUGAUCGUUACCGUGAUAUUUUGCAAAUGCUUUUGAUGAUUCUAAAGUUACGAAAGAGUUUUGUAUAUUUGAACUUGGAAAGUGACACUCUUGAUUUUAGGACUUUUUUACAGCGAUCGCAAUCGCAAUCUAGACAAUGUAUAGAGUUAAUAAACUGACGAAAUAUUUUUGCCGCUCUGCAUGGAGUAAUCGAGCUUUAAGACUUUGCAUUCGACAACAGAAAACUUUGGCAGCCGAACCGUUUGCCAAUGGCACAAACAGUAAUUAUGUUGAGGAAAUGUACGAAUCCUGGAGAAAGGACCCAAACAGUGUGCAUUCGUCCUGGAAUGCAUAUUUUAAGAACAUUGAAAAUGGUGCCCAAGCCGGGGAAGCUUAUACACCACCACCUUCAAUAAUUCCUCAAGAGAGAAAUAGCUCGUUACCGGACGUUUUGAGCCCAAAUAACAUUUCAUCUGAUAGUCGUACUGUGAUUCAAAAACAUUUAGCUGUUUAUUCUCUUAUUCGAUCAUAUCAGAUCAGAGGUAACAAUGUUGCUGACCUUGAUCCUUUGGGAAUGCUGGAUGCAGAUCUGGAUUCCAGUAUACCUCCAGAAUUAUCAUUAGGAUAUUGGCUGUAUAACACAUUAAGAGGAGACCCCCCAGCAAAACUCACAACAAAGGAUUACAAAGAUAUAAGUGAUCAAGACAAUGACACAGUGUUCUACCUUCCUAACAGUACCUAUAUUGGUGGUGAUGAACUUGCAAUGAGUUUGCGAGAUAUUAAGAAGCGUUUAGAGGAAGUGUAUUGUGGCCAUAUUGGUUUGGAAUAUAUGUACAUUUACAGUCGUGACAAGUGUGACUGGAUUAGAAAAAGAUUUGAAACUCCAGGAGCAUUUGAACUGACUAAGGAAGAAAAGCGUCGAUUGCUUGCAAGAUUGGUCAGGUCGCAGGGAUUUGAAGCAUUUCUUGCAAAGAAAUGGUCGUCUGAAAAGAGAUUUGGCCUUGAAGGUUGUGAGGUGUUAAUCCCUGCCAUGAAAGAGAUAAUUGAUGUCUCAAGUAUGAAUGGAGUUGAAAGUUUUGUCAUUGGAAUGCCACAUCGAGGACGUUUAAAUGUUAUAGCUAACGUUUGCCGCAAACCUCUAGAACAGAUUUUCACUCAGUUUCAGCCACACCUUGCACCUACAGAUGAGGGAUCGGGAGAUGUGAAGUAUCAUCUUGGAAUGUCUCACAAGAGAAUAAAUAGAGUGACAAAUAAAGAAAUAAGACUUGCUGUUGUUGCUAAUCCAUCGCAUCUUGAAGCUGUAGACCCAGUCGUACAAGGAAAAACAAAAGCAGAGCAAUUUUACAAAAAUGAUGAAGAUGGAAAGAAGGUGAUGAGUAUUUUACUUCAUGGUGAUGCUGCAUUUGCUGGUCAGGGUGUCGUUUAUGAAACCUUUCAUUUGAGUGACUUACCAAACUACACGACCAAGGGAACAAUACAUAUUGUUGUCAAUAAUCAGAUUGGUUUCACGACAGAUCCAAGGGUUGCAAGAUCUUCACCAUACUGUACUGAUGUUGCAAAGGUAGUGCAAUGCCCAAUAUUCCAUGUGAAUGCUGAUGACCCAGAGGCAGUUAUAAAUGUCUGCAGAGUUGCUGCAGAAUGGAGAAAUACGUAUAGUAAAGAUGUUGUCAUUGAUCUGGUUUGCUAUCGACGCUUUGGUCACAAUGAAAGUGACAACCCGAUGUUCACCCAGCCUAAAAUGUAUGAAAAAAUUGAAAAGCAAACACCUGUUGUUAACAAAUACGAACAGCGGUUAGUAGAUGAAGGGAUUGUCACAAGAGAGGAAUGUGAGGCUGAACAUGACAAGUAUGAGAGAAUUUGUGAAGAAUCUUUCAGGAAAGGAAAAGAGAUAAAAUCAAUCAGGUUUGCCGACUGGUUAGAUUCCCCCUGGAAAGAUUUUUUCAAAGAUGACAGAGGAAAGACCCCAGUACCACCAACUGGAAUUAAAUCAGAUGAAAUACAUAGCAUUGGUCAUGCCUUCAGUAGUCCACCACCUGGUGUUGAGUUUACCAUUCAUGCAGGUUUAAAACGGAUUCUAAAGGCCCGUAAAAAAAUGCUGGAGGAAGGGCAUGUUGACUGGGCCAUUGGUGAGGCUCUGGCAUUUGGUUCAUUAUUGAAAGAGGGGAUACAUGUCAGACUGAGUGGUCAGGAUGUUGAACGGGGAACAUUUAGCCAUCGUCACCAUGUAUUACACGACCAAAAUCGAGAUAAAGAGACCUACAUCCCUCUCAAUGAAUUGUCUGAAACUCAAGCUGAAUAUACUGUGUGUAACAGUUCUCUGUCGGAAUAUGCUGUGUUAGGUUUUGAACUUGGCUACAGUAUGACCAAUCCAAACUCUCUAGUCCUUUGGGAAGCACAGUUUGGUGAUUUCAACAACACAGCACAGUGCAUCAUAGAUCAGUUCAUUAGCAGUGGACAGGACAAGUGGAUCAGACAAAGUAACAUUGUCCUCUUGCUUCCUCAUGGUUUUGAAGGCAUGGGACCUGAACAUUCAAGUGCUCGUCCUGAGCGUUUUCUACAAAUGAGUAAUGAUGACCCAGACACCUUUCCUCCUGAGGGAGAUGACUUUGAAGUAAAACAACUUUACAACACAAACUGGCAGGUUGUAAACUGCAGCACUCCAGCAAAUUAUUUCCAUGUUUUAAGAAGACAAACACAGAUGGACUUCAGAAAACCGCUAAUCAUUUUCACACCAAAAAGUUUGCUUCGUUUACCAGCUGCAAAAUCUGCUUUGGAAGAUUUCAGUGAAGGCACAUCAUUCAAGCGAUGUAUCUUGGAGAAUGGUGCAGCCAGUGAGAAUCCUGAGGGAGUGAAAAAACUGAUUCUCUGUACUGGCAAGGUUUAUUAUGAUCUAGUCAAGGCACGUGAAGAAAAUAAGUUGGAUUCUGCCAUUGCUAUCAGCACAGUUGAACAGUUGUGUCCUUUCCCCUUUGACUAUGUGAAAAAAGAGGCUGAAAAAUAUAACAAUGCAGAAAUAACAUGGGUUCAGGAGGAACCAAAGAACAUGGGGUACUGGAGCUACGUGAAACCUCGCAUUGAAACAGCCACAAACCAUGGCAAGAAAGUUGGGUAUGCUGGCAGAUCACCAACAGCUGCAGUUGCAACAGGAAAUAAAUAUCUGCACAAUUCUGAACAAAACAAUGUGAUCAAAGAUGCAUUAGAACUCUGAACUAGUCUGAAUGUUCAGUACCGUAAAGUGAAAACUUUUAGUGGAUCUUGAAACAACUUUACUACACACGGGGUAAC